CAAUAAAUAGGUGCAUAAACCGACUGCUAGUAAACUGCUCGCUUAUCCAGCAAGAGUCGUGAUUUCUGCGAUCGCUGUUACCCAAGAAGACUUUCUUCAAAGAAGCUCAGUUGUCCCAGUCCAAUUUAAGGUAUAAUGUUAUGCAUAAUUCGCUUGAAAACGUCACAGAGAGAUCGUAUAGGGACCAAGCUGCUAUGCUUCCUAAAGGGGUGAUUUAGCAAACAUUGAACCCAACUAAACCGAGCAGUUCCUUGACGGAAUUAGGCGUUAAUAAGAAGAAAGGUCGCGCUGACUGCUGCUGAUUUUCACCUGGGUAUAACGAGCAAGAUCCAUGCAGGAAAAAUUAAUUCUGCUUAUAUGGCAAAAGUCAAAAUUCAACACAUAACCACAUCUCGUCGUUUAACGGACAAAUCCUUUGAUUUCUGAUUUUUGAAAGUCAAAAAUGUGUUGUUUUAUGUCCCAUAGUGGGAGUGGGAGUGAACAGGCCUCCUUACCCCGAAAUACGUUCCAUACAGUACUCAUUUCCAUCGGUUUUUGGCUUUAGUGUUUGCGCAAAAAGGGGAAACGUGUUUUUACGCAAAACGCCUGAAUCAAAACACUUUGUUCAUAUGAGCUGGCAAAAAAGGUGUCCUACAACUCCCUACAACUUAGGUGAGAGAGAUAGAGAGAGAGAGAGGAAAAAAAUAAACAGUUGGAAAGGAAGCAAAUCAGUGAAGGGUCGUGACAUUGGCUGUACCAUAAUUUGUGACGCAAUUUAUUUCAAUUUAAAGAUACCAUAGAAGGAAAUUAUUGAUAUUUUUUAACACUUCUGCGUCUUUUACUUUUAAACCUAAUUACUCGGUUGCUAGCUGAUGUCGUUUUUAAAAUACAAUGUAGAUAUGUAAUAUUUAUUUUUCGCAGUAGUCGUUGUUAAUGGAAAGAAAAUAGAUUUUCAAUCACCUUGUAUAAAAGAAAGAAACUUAAGGCCUUUUAAUAAUUUCGAAAUACCAUUUUCCAAGGAGACUGGAGAUUUAAACGCGGAUGUUUAAAAAGGGCGGUAUUAGAAUAAAAUGAUGAGAAUUUUAAUAACCUAUGACAAAAUACAAAAUAUUUUAUUAAAUGUGGGGUGAGUAAAUAUUGUCUUUUAAAUGUGUUUCUGAUGAAAUAUGUCCAAAAAAUAAAAUGAAUAGAGCAAAUACUUGAAAUAAUAAUAAUAAUAAAAAAAUUACAAAGUUUAUGAGAUAGGGGUGGGGACAGUACCUUCGUACAAGGCUCUCUUAAUUCAACCAGUCCCCAGACAAAAUAACUUUCAUUGUCCAAUCCGUAUUUGUUUUGCUUCCGUCGAUACGCGCGCAUGUGAUUUCCAACAACAGAGUCAAAAAACCACAAUUGCAACAUCGAUGAAUGUAGUUCAGUUUUAGUUAUCUCUAGUUUUGAAAGUAAUUUUGUCGAUACUGUGGAACGGCAAUCGAGUACCAAUAGGCCAUCUGCACGAUGGCGUCAUUUUACUACUACCUCCGGGGUAGGGGGGAAUCUUUCAGGGUUUUGCUUUCUUCUGAAAAUUAAGGCUUUUGUUAUUUAACUCACUAAGAUUACUAAAUUUAAAUAUGAGAGAAUAAACGAAGUGAAUUCUGGUCUUAGUCGGAAAAAAAGGUCAUCGGGAAAAUGCCCAUUGAUUUUUGAAUGUGGAGAGAGGAAGCUAUCAUACCAGUUUCUACAGUACUGGGUACCCUGGUUUAAGACGUUUAAAUGCACACGCCUAGAGACCUAAGGAUCGCUUACGGAAUUUAUGAUAAAGAUGAUCAACUGGCCAUUUUCAUGCUAUUUAUUAUAACUGUAGUUUGUCCUUUUCCGUUUCGACGUCAAAAGGAUUCUUGUUUGUUCAUGACAACGCGAGUACUGAACUGAAUUAUUUCUUGAUGCGCGAAAGUUUUGUAUGGAAAGAGAUUCUUCACGAAAUCUUUUAGAGUAAAGAAGAAAAAUAAAAGCUUGUAUUAACAGCAUAAAAUUAUUUAAACCUCAUCUUACCAGCCUCAUGUUAGCUAAGAAAGUCUUAACCAUUAGAGUUUGGAAAGGAGAUCGAUACUAGGCUGGCUCUUGCUGGGACUCUUAAGUGACUGGAGUAACUGUAAUUAACUGUAAAAAGCUGCCUAUAUCUGAACGACAUGUUAUUCUGCAGUUUUGUUGCCAGGUCUAAAGAGUCAUUAUGCAUCUGGUGCCUUCAAUGUGCGUGCUUCUGCUGACCCUCGCCUCUUCCAUCCUGUUGUCGGAGGGAAACAAGAGAUGCCAAUUACGGAUACUUCGGAAAUGUAUUUCACAGUAUAAGGAACAUAUCAAGAGCGAACAGCCAGAUCCAUCUGAUCAGCAGCUGCAUUGUUCUCGUGUGCAGGUGACUAAGAUAUAAUUUAUUAACCGGAGCUUCGCUUUUAGCCUUGGCUAAAUCUGUAUAUUACACUGUGCAGUUUCUUUAGCUGGAUUACAGUGGUCUCAAUAGGUAUUAACCGUUAAUCUUAGAAAUGUCUAAGGCCAAUGCCAAACGUCUAACUUUUCAUGAGAAGAACCAAACUGAUUGUAAUUCUGGUCGACCUUAUAUGUUAAAUUCUUCCGUUGGGUCAGAUGUCGAACCAGUGGAAAAAAAAAAAAAAGGUUAGUCUAUGGAAAGUUGUCGUUUGGAUUGUCUUGUCUCGUGGUAAGAUUCAAUCAGAUAACGUGUUCCAUUUCGUAAGUGUUUAACAACAAUUAAAAUUAAUGUUAAAUUUAAAACUUUAUAUAAUUCGUGCCGAAAGUAACUAACUAUCACUAGUUCCCAUGAAAAGCCAAACAUUAAUCUGUUCAUCGUAGAAUCCAGCCCUUAACCUGGUAGAUGACAAUAAGAAGUGUCCAAGAGGCAGAGCCUUGGCUAAAGGAAAAUUUGGUCACAGUAUCGGAAAAUGUUUUUUGAGUGUUACCCACAAACAACUUAAAACUUUUAUUGGGCAACUGUCUUGGUUGUCUCAACUCCAGCGACGAGAAUGAUAGCUACUGAUGGAGUGAAACAAGUUGAAACGAAGAAAUCAAACGAAGAUACUAAGCAAAAUCAAGAUUGAGAUGAUUAAGUGGCCCUGGCAGAAAUGAACGAGUGUAACUACGUUAAGGUCAUAAAUAAUUUACACACUGAUAGCCUGUGUUAGCCUGGGUAGCAGGUGCGGGAGGAUGAUUUUGAGGUUGACGAUGUUAAGAGCAGAAAUGUGCCUCUUUAACCUUCCCAUCUUUUCCUGCACGCUUUGUUUUCAACUUCACCUCAAAGUGCGAGGGACACGCAAGAGACCUCUGUGCGGGAUAGGGACUGAUUUUUGAUUUUUUGGUCGCGUUGGUUGGGAGAAAUUUAAACCCAUAAUCUAACGCUCUCUUAAUGCAGGCAUUAGUAGCUUACCAGGUGGAGCAUCAAUGGUAACGGGAAAUUAAGGACAGAAUGCAGCUCGCAGUCACAUGACGCUCUCCUGAGUGUAGCUAAAUGUCGUGGGUCGUGGGUCGUGGGUGUGGGUAAAUGUCGAGGUUAAAAAAAACGUUCUCCCCCCAAAAAAAAUUAAAAAUUUAAGUAGCAAAAAGAUAUUCAGAAUCGUUACAGCAAAGAUUUGGUACACUAAACAAAACAAAAAGAAUCGAGAAAUCAUAUAUCAAUAAAAUUUGCAUACAGUCUCGCCUUAACUAAGCUAAGAGACGUAAAACUUCUUUAAGAAAGACUUCUAUCUAAAAAUAUGAAAUAGCUAAGCUAUCUCAAAAUUGUCCUUUUUUCCCCACAGUUCCCCUCCCCUUUCCCACGGUGAUCGCAUUCCACCCGGUUAAAAAAUCUCCACUGAUCAUUGGAAUUGUAGAUCGAAUUAAGAUUAAUAGUGAGCAGUUAUUUCCAUUCAGCUAGUCAGAACUGUGCCCUACUUUCUGCAAAUUGGACGUUUCGACAUAUUUUACAUCUUCUUUUAUUUAGCGGCGAUCGCUCAGGCAUGAAUAAAUCUUCAUCGGCAACAUAUCUCUUAUACAGUGAUGUUUUGAAAGGGAAAGUCCCACGUGGCCAAGGAAAAAUCAGGAAGAGGACGAAGAAGAAGCAGUGAAAAGGGCUAUCAAACAGUCGAAGAUUUUCGUUUCAUAACUUUUAUAAUUUUUUCUUUUUUUUUUUUCAAACUUUACUUUAUCAUUUUUUUCUAUACUCUUUUUACCCACUACGUUUACCCACACCCACGACCCACGACAUUUAGCUACACUCGUUCAAGACUAACAGAUCUAAUUAGCAAAAAAACAAAUUGCACGUGCAGCACGCUUUUUUGUCUUUCCCUUGCCGUUGUUUUGCACGACUACAACGCUGUUUUGUACGUCUAAAACGUCAAACUUCCUAGUUACACAUUAUUUUUAUGGAGGAAUUGUCGCACGUGCUUACCCAAUAUUUUGUUUCCUGUGUUCAUGUUCGUUGAUUGAGUUAUUUUACACUGGUAUGCCUGUGGAGCGGACGGACAGUCUCUCUCUCGCUCGCUCGCUCGUUGUACAGUCACGUGAUUACCAAAUUUUCUCGGAUGGGUAGAUUACCACAUUUCCUUAGCUAUGGGGCUCCGCUACAAUGGAUAUAUCCUGCCAAACAUCAGGCGACGUGAAUUUAAGUUUACUCUUUUGGUGCCAAAAUAGCCAAUUCAGGCGUUUAUUUGAAAGACUUAAAAGAGGUAUAGGGAGGGCAUGAGGGCAUGAGGGCAUGAGUUUCCAUUGACGUUCCAUGACGCUGAAGCCUACAAAAUACCAUUUUUUAUGAAAUUAAAUCAUAGGUAUUUGUGAUUUUUUGUCUUCCUGCAGAAAGUUUCGUCCUGCCUGGCGGAACAUCCGUUAUGCAAGGGACCGUCAGUUAACCUUUUUCGCCUAUGGGUUUUGCGAGAGACAAAGCUCGAGAAAAGACUAAAUAUCUGUCCUGAUGUAGAUUCGAAAGACCUGGAAAAUUCUGUUUCAAAUACAGGUAAAAUAGCUAGAAAAGGUAAUUGUUUCGCUCUUGUUGUAAUAAUAUUGAAACCUUUUUUCCUGCGGGUCCAACGAGGGAAAUCCCAAGCACGCAAGAUAGGCCUAUCUUGCCCGCCUAGGAAGUCAAUCAGAAAACAAGAUUCGCUUCCUCUUUCCCGCUUGUGGAAGCAGCCAUAUCAUAAAAAGGGCAAGAGAGGUACUCUCCACAAAAAAUAUAAAUAAAUAAAAAAGUAAAUGAAAUAAUAAUGUGGGGUGAGGAGAACGGGCUCUUACAGAUAUAGAACUUACUGUCAUAGUCCGUAUCAGGGAGGAAUAUCUGACCAUAAUAACCUUUCUGAAUUAUUUAUAAAGAUUUAUACUACACACAUGUAUAAUCAUAAGAUUUAUUUGCGUGUCUGGCUUGUGUGAAGUAGAGCUAGGGAUCAGACGUUCUGUCAGUAUCAGAGAUUGCCUAUGUCGUGUUUUCACCCUUCUCAUAAUGCAAAAUCAGAUCUCUGACACUAACGGCUUGCAAAAAAAAAAUAAGGAAAAGACUAAGGGAACUCGCAACUAUUAUUUAAAACAAUAGGUUGUUGUUCAAGAAAAAAUUAAAGUUAACAGAGCCCUCUUAUCUUAAGAAGGUUUUAUGCAGCCAGGCCUUGGCGAGGAAAAAAAUGAACUCUGUGAUGGCUUUCUCAGUUGUAAGGUCUUCAACUGUUUUGCUCAGUGUAUCCUCAGUAAGUUGCCGGCAAAAUAAAACUGCAGAGCGAGGCUAGCUUUUAGACCAGUCGCCGAUUUUCAGAUGGAUAGGCUUGUUAAAGUUUGCAUUUUAACAUCGAUUUUUUUGAUUAAUGCAGGAGCACUUGUAGGAGCACUUGGCCACUUCAUAUUUCAAAGUGGUGGCAAAUUCCACUAAGAAAGAAACGAAAAAAGAAAAGCACGAAGAAAAUGGUUUGCUGAAUGUUAUUUAAAAGCUGGCAACUUCCUAAAUGAUUAGAGGGAGCAAUAGGUCCCUACAAAGAAUCUACUAGUGAAAAACCAAAAUGGCGUUCACCGACAGAUUUAAGUGAAUGAAUGAUUUUCCAGUAAUCGGAGACUUAGUUAUGCGCACAGGAUUAUGGGAUCGCCAGGGGGCAAACAUUGCAAGUCGCUACAAAGAAAUGUAUGGUGUGGAGCUGUUUCUCCGUUUAAAACCAGUGUCUUUGGACAGGGAAUGCCGCAUUUUGCCGUGAUUUUAUGAGAAGCGGAGGUGACUAAUGUUAGUGCGUUGAUUGUAAGUUUUUGUGGGAUCAAUGCGAUGAAAUCUAUCGAUAAACACUCCUUCUUGCGAAAGGUCGACUGUGAAAUUUACUGAAUGGUCUCGAAAUAUAUAGUACUAACUUACCAGGUAUCAAUGAGCGGGGAAUGUGGACUCAUUUAUUAAGCCUUUCCAGUUGUAAGUACAUGCGCUAAUAUUUACAACGAGUGUAAUUACGUUCGGCUCGGCGGCGAUCACAACGCUGUGCCAGUUUGAGACAACGAUCGAAGGUAAGCUUAUGUAUUGUCGAAUUUGAUAUGUACAGUAUUAACUUUAAAAGCAAAAACAUCUUCCCCACAUUGGUAUAUUGAUUCCUUCCAGCCAAAAAAACACAAGCGAAAUGUUUUGUCAUGAUCCAGAGCACCAAUCAGUUCUAAUGCCUUUUCUGAUCAUUUUGAGGGAAGAUAUAGAAUCUCUGAAUUUCGCACCUCAACUUGGUAUUUAUUUACACACUCACUGCUAUUGUAUCGGAAAUCUUACUCGUUCGUACGAUUUCUGCCUCAUCUACCAAUGGUUAAAUACCAUGUACUUUCCAUGAAAUAUUUCGUAGAUGUUACUUUGUUUAUACCAAAGUAAAGGAGGAUUUUUUAUUUUUAUGGCCACGUCCUACGAUUGUUGAGCGUCAUAACCCGCACAGAGCUGAUCGCGGCCGAGCGUAGUUACACUCGUUGUAAAUAUCACCACACGUAAUUAAAACUAAAAGCUUAAAUGAGCCAAUCCCCCUACAUGUAUACCUAAAUUUGCACUAUAUAUUUCGAGACCUUUUCUUCAUGUGGAUCACUGUGUAAAUUCAGUAAACAUAAAUUUCACACUCAACCUCACGCAAGGAGUGUUUAUCGAUAGAAUUUAUCGCAUCAAUCACACAGAAACUUGAAAUUUCAACGGACUAACAUUAGUCACCUCCGUUUCUCAUAAAAUCACGGCAAAGUGCGGCAUUCUAUGUCCAAAGACACUGCUUUUAACCGAGAAACAACUCCACGCCAUACAAUUCUUUGUAGCGACUCGCAAUGUUUGCCCCCUGGCGAUCCCAAAAUCCUGUGCGCAAAACAUGAGUAUCCGAUUACUGGAAAAUCAUUCAUUACAGCCGACUCCCAAUAACUUGAACCUACAAGGCAAAUAGAAGAAAGUUCGAUUUAUUAGGAGUUCCGAGGCAAAUGACCAAAAAUAAGGAAAUGGCAUGGACGGGAAUGGAAGCAUAAUGCACAACAAGAGCAACAAGAUAUAUAGACUGAUGUUUUGAACAAGGAAUUUAGCGACAAAGAUCGAUUAAUCAGUACAGGGUUACAUUUUAUUUGAAUUGGAUUGACACAAAGGUAAAGACAAAGAGUACACAGUUGUUUUGAAAUUUACACUACAACAUGAGAAAUUUCUGCAAUUAGAUUGGCUUAGAGCAGUGGUAUUUCAGCUUAAUUUGAAAUUCCUACAUGUGAAAAUUACAAACCUUUUGUGGGUAGUAGUAUAAACAAAUAAUAGCAUGAUUUGUACGUGAUAUUUGGUAUAAAUACCACUCGUGAUAUUUCAAAAUUGUAAUUACGCUCACUCGUGGUAUUUAUGCGAAAUAUCACUACCAAUCAUGCUAUUACCUAUACAAAUUCAAUGUUUUGGACUGCAAUUCACGGCUUUUUUUCGACUUGUCGCACUUAAAUCAUGGUUCAAGUUAUCGAGGGUAAAAUUGUUUAGAAAUGAUGAUCUGAAGGGAAACAAAACUUGAUUACUUCGAACAAAUGGGAAGUUGGAAUUUACAAGGGUUCGACAUGAGUAGCAUUUUCAUAACCUUUCACGAUAUUACAUGAGCUCAUUUUGACUUAAAUUCUUGUAAGCCCGGGCUUAAUUGCUUAAAGACAGCUACGCCCCUGCAGGUCAAUAACCAGAGUUCGGUAUCAUCAGAUGACGUGAUACAACUCACUUUGACUCUGAAGAUGACUGACCACAACCUGGCAGAUUGUCGAAACGUUAGUCAUUGUCAACAACAGUACGGUCAUAUUCAGGACUACGUUCUCCCGGACGAUCAUGCUCAACCUACUUGUGGAAUAAUAACUUACAAAAAAAUGAGCUCCAUAUUUUCAAACUCUAAUAAUCAGUUAACUGCUUAUUCGCAGAGGAAGCACAGGAGCAUGGAGUGGAGGACGGCGCAGGUAAGAAUUAAGAAUUUUAGCUGCAACAAAUGCUAUGCAGAAAAAACGUUUUGUUCUACUCACUAUUUAGUAGCUACACUGUGCUCACGAAUCAUUAUCAAUAUCAUCAUUAAUGGUUAUCAUUAAAUACUAUAAUUGUCAUUAAUUACCAUCAUUAAUUAUCAUAAUUUAAUACAUAAAACUGAGUGAACUGUGGAUUAAUCAGUCUGAUUAGUACGUUCGACGUCAAUUACAUUGAUAUUCGCAAAUAUCUUCCAAAUGUGGUCAAGCUAACUGAUUUAAAAAUCAGCCAUGGGAUUUAUUUCAGUCAGAAACGGAGAAGUAUUUGAAUGAAAAGUAAUGGAACAUAACUUGCCAGAAAUAAAUAAAAUUCACCUGAUAUCUGUUCUCUUCCUUGUUUCAGUGGAUGCAAGCAAAGCUGAAUGUGCCAGGAAAAUUCACCUCAAAUGCAGUAAAUUGUUUUUGGAGGCGCUAUCGGAAAACGAAAAGAUUUGUAGUGACGCGAGGGUAUGGUUUGACUGUUACAAGACGGAAAAUGAAAAUGGAUGCAACGCGAACAUCAUCGAUCGUUAUGCUCAAUUUGUUGGGAGAGUUAAGGAAAGACUUGAAAAUUAUUGCAGAAGAGUGGAGCUGUAAAGUAAUUCAUCAGUGUUUGAAAAUAAUUGUUGGGCUCACGAAAUUUGAUUU